GAGGAGGUAGGCGCGGAUGCUGGAAGUUCAUAUCCCGUCCGUGGGCCCGGAGGCCGAGGCGCCCAGACAGAGCCCAGAGAAAGGCCACAUGGUGUUCCGAGUGGAGGUGCGGUACCGCGGGCGCAGACACACGGUGCAGAGGCGCUACAGCGAGUUCCACGCGCUGCACAAGCGGAUCAAGAAACUGUACAAAGUGCCGGAAUUCCCCUCGAAACGCCUGCCCAACUGGAGGACCAGAGGAUUGGAGCAGCGGCGGCAGGGCUUGGAGGCCUAUAUCCAGGGCGUCGUAUACCUGAACCGGGAUGUGCCCAAGGAGCUACUGGAAUUCUUGAGUCUUCGGCACUUCCUCACAGACCCCAAGGGCAGCAGCUGGGGAACCAUGGGGGAGUUCCUGCCUAGCGACAGCAGCUCGCAGCUGCACCACCGGCCAGUCAUCAGCUUCAGCAUGGAUCCCUACAUUUGCAUCUCAUCCCCAGUUGAUCUCAAUGCAGAGACAUCUGCCUCUGGAACUGGGGAAGGAAGGAGCCUUGUCUACCCAACACAGCAGCCCUCCCACCUGGGAUGCUGCACUGCCAGAGCCCUCUGCCCAGAAGACCUCGGUUACCUCCAGUGCCAUCUCCCCGGGUGAAGUCUCCGCCUUGGAUCAUGAAGUCUUUGAUCACACGAUGGAAUUUGCUGUCUUUGUAGCCAAAUCCUUUCUAGAAAAAAGGAUCAGAAGGUAAGGUGGCACAAGGAACCAGGCAGGAAACCAGCCCAUGACUCCUGCUCACAGAAGAGACAUCACUGCUGGUCAGAGUCAUUGUUCAACAUGAUAUUGAGCAAGCAGUGUCCACAGGCCAGGCUCAGAGCACACAGAGCCAGGAAAGGCUAGACUUUACCUUCUUCUGCCUUUGUACAAUUCCCAGACUUCAUAUAAUUCUACAUCACAUAAUGCCUCUGCCUUUUCCCUCUAUUUUUUCUCUAAUUAUAUGAACAGAUGCAAGAAAACUGACCAAAAAAAAAAAAAGGUUAUCUGGUGACCCACUGAAAAGUUGGAAUAUAAACUUUCUUAAAUGUGGCACUCUUGUUUUCUUAAAACCUGGGAAACUCUGAGCCCCUCUGGUGCAGAGGCCACAAACUAUAGUUUCUACAGACAUGAUUUCUUUGGUUAUUGCAGUGUCUUAAAGAUAAUUUUCUCAAA